UGACAGGAAUAGAGGAGGAGGGGGAGGAAAGGAUGAAGAUAGAGGGAGAGGAGCAGAGAGAAAGGAUGGAUGUAGAGGAGGAGGAGCCGGGACAGAAAGAUGCGAUGAAAGGAGAGAAGGAGGUGGGGACUACCACUGACGAGGACAGUCCGAUAGACCCUCACCCCAAUGCUGACCCGGCUACUCAGAAUCACAUACACUUUGAUGCCCCCUCACACACACCUCAUAACCCCACCACUCAGAACGACAACCCCCCCCCCUCAGGUUACCCCAUAGACCUCCAGAGACCAUUGGACUGUCCCAUAGAGCGACCCCCAGACCUACUCCACAAGGACCAAGAGGACUUCUGUGAGAACAUGUCCACUCAGUCUGACAACCACUCAGUCUUGUCCAGUCUCUCCUCUCAGUCUCCCCCUGCCUCACCCUGCCUCACCCCUCCAUCUGACUUCCCUCCUCCUCUCCUGCCUGUUAGCCCCUCCCACUCAGAGACCCUCAGCCUAUCACAGAGCCGCUCUGAGACCCUUAGCCUAUCAGAGCGCGAGCCUUGGACACAGAGGGUGUGGCCAGAGGGCGGGAGGCGUGUCUUAACUCACCUGGUGGAGGGCUUCAUCAUACAGGAGGGGUUGCAGGCGUUCCCGGUGAACCGCUCAUCUCUGUUGUUGGGAGGGCAGGAGGGUGUCUCUCAGAAUGGGAACACAGAGGGGGCGGAGUUAUUACCAUUGACAGACACACCAGAGCCACCGGAACAUUCCAGCGAAUCAGAACGAGUGGGUGUGGCCACAGAUGACCCGCUGACAGGUACCAGAGAGAGACAGAGGGGGGUGUUACAGUGUGAGUCUUGUGGGAAGAGAGGCCAUGCCCACUCCUUCCACCGCUCCAAAAGAUACUGCUCCACUUCCUGUGCCCGCAGGCUUAAUGUAGGGAUGUCUAAACGUCUGCGUGCUCUGAGUGCAGGCAGCCAGCCAGAGGGGCGGCGCUUUGAGAUAAACAAGGAGGAGUCUGUUCCUGGGAAGCCCCUCUUACUGCGACUGCCCCGCGAAAUAUGGAGCGCCCAUCGCCGUGACUACGAAGGGGAAGAAGGGCAUGCUGUUCCCAUAACAACCAGGCUGGAGCGCAGAGCUGCACGGAGGGCAAGGAGGGCAUCAGAGCCAGCGAUGACCCCUAGUAACCCCACCGUGACCUCUACUGAACCCACACCUGCACAGUGGAGUGUAGAGCAAGUCUGGGACUUUAUACACACACUGCCAGGUUGUGUGGAUGUUGCAGAGGCGUUCCGUGUUCAGGAGAUAGACGGCCAGGCCCUGCUGCUGCUCACUGAGGACCACCUGAUGACCAGCAUGAACAUCAAACUGGGACCAGCGCUCAAGAUCUGUGCCCACAUCAACACACUCAGACACACAUAGAGAGGGAGAGAUGGAGGUGUGGUGGGACGGUGGGUGGUGGAGAAUAUAGAGAGGGGAAAAGGGGAGGGGUGGGGGGACGGUCUAAGGCACUGCAUCACAGUGCUUGAGGCGUCACGACAAACCCGGGUUCGUUCCCAGGCUGUGUCACAACCGGCCUUUGACCGGAAGUCCAAUAGGGCGGCAAACAAUUGGCCCAGCAUUGUCCGGGUUAGGGGAGGGUUUGGCCGGCGGGGCUUUACUUGGCCCAUCGUGCUCUAGGGACUCCUUGUGGCGGGCCGAGCGCCUGCAAGCUGACUUCGGUAGUCAGUUGAACGGUGUUUCCUCCGACACAUUGGUGCAGCUGGCUUCCAGGUUCAGCGGGCGGGUGUUAAGAAACACGGUUUGGUGGGUCAUGUUUCGGAGGACGCAUGACUUGACCGUCCCACUCCCGAGCCCUUUUUGGAGUUGCAGCAAUGAGACAAGAUCGUAAUUGGAUAUCACGAAAUUGGGAAGAAAAGGGGGUAAAAAACAAAAGAAAAAGUGAGGGAAAAUAGUGAUUGAUAGAUGGGAGAAGAGAGAGAGGGGAGCGGAGAAGGGGGGAAAACAAGAGAUCAAUUCAAGAGAUUAUCAACUGAGAGCAAUCAGUGAGAGAGGUAGGGGAUGUUAUUAUAUUCUGUUGUGUCUAUGUACAUAUUUUACAAUGCAGUCUAUUGGUUGUAAAUCUUAAACAUUUUCAUGAAGGAUUGUAAUAUACAGUAUGUAUUUGUCUGUUUGGUAAUUAUUUUAGAAUGUGGUGUCACAUGAAAACUGUCAAAUCUGUUUUGAUUUUACACAGCUGAUACACAGAUUUUUUUGCAUCACUGUGUGGAAAAUAAGGUCUUAACUAAAGAAAUUAUUACGUUUUAUAUAUGAUCUGAGAAAAAAGUUAUGUCUUGUUUUUCUCAACCAUGUCGUUUUGUGAGAUUUCUUAAUUUUUUUCUCUUAUCCUUCCUAUUCAAACUCUGUAAUAAAUGAAAUUAACUUA